UAAUGUUUUUACGUCAAACUAUAAUUUCGUUCUAAGAUUGAAUUGCAUAAAAUUUAAGACACCUGGUACAACGAAGUGAGUAGAUACAAAUAGCAAUGAUAACCGAUGACAGAAAAGUACUUCAGAUGUAACGACGAUGAGAUGAGAUGAGGUCAAGACAGAUUGAAGCUGGGAGAUGUGGGAUCAGCUGCCGGAGCUGAUACUUACAGAAAUAUUCAGGCACCUAAAUAGCAGGGACCGGGCAAAUUUGGGAGAGGUCUGCAAAUCAUGGAAACACGCCGUAUCCUCUCCUAUUCUUUGGCGCUCAGUGACAGUCCUCAUAGAUCGUGAUCUGCGUGGUGAAUUACCACUGGCAAAAGAGCUUGCGGUCAAGUAUGGGCAGCACAUGCGUCGCCUGGAGCUCGCUUGGUCUAGGCCAUAUGUAAUUCCAAGGGAGACACGGUUUGCACGUAACAUUCAGGCAGAAGCGGGUGCAGAUUUCCUCAAUGUCAUUAGAACAAAAGACGUGCAACUGAAGGAGCUCAUCCUGGCUGACUGGGUAUUCAGUUGCAAGUGGGGUAAUCGAGGAAAGCUUUUAUGCGCAUUAGCUAAUUUCUUAGGCUGCCAGCACAAACUUGAGACUCUGGACCUGAUGAAUGCUAAUUUAGGAGUCAGUGACGUUUUGAGAAUUUUGGGUUCUGCGGUCAGAGCAUCUGGGGAUCGCCUAGCGUCAUUGGAUCUUCGAGGUGCUUUCAGGGAGUGGCAAGCACCUCACAGCAACCCCAGGUAUCUGCGUCUACUUGGUCGACUGGGAGCUUUGGCCACCCUCAGACUAGAUUAUCCAGCUUUAUCGGACAGUGUACUCAAUGCUUUAACCAGUGCUGCACCGUCGGCCCUUCGCAUACUUCAUAUAUCUGUUCGAGACUCUGAUUCCAGGCAACACACAAUCACUAACAGAGCUUGGCAUGAACUUGCCGUUGCAUGUCCUAAGCUGACAGUCUCUUACACGAUAGUGAACAUCUCGCACUAUGAGGACAUGUGCUAUUUGCUACUGCCCAGUGUUCCACUUGGGAGUUUUCAAAUGUUUAGCGGCCAUGUCUGGGAUCAGAGCAGAUCUCGUAACUUUCGGAGUACCGUUGGACUACUCAUAACUCACUAUACUGACACAUUGUCGGAAGUCAUGCUCCAGUUGCGAAACAAUCGAGAAUUGCUAGAUGAUUUAUUAGUAUCUCUUUUGGUUCGCUGCAAACAAUUAACACAGUUGCAAUACGACGGUGUUCUCAGGAGCUUGGACACCCUGCGAGAUAUUUGUGAACUUCAGACAGCCAGCAAGACUUGUUUUCAACGAAUUCAUGUGAAACCACGUAAUGUAAGUUCACACAAUCGUGCAAUCUUGGAUGACAUCGGCUAUCAGUACGAUCAUAAAAUGGUGCAGCAAGGAGUUGAUUUCUGUAUUGAAGACCCUGCUUCAGUUUUGAUAUUUCACUGAAAAUUUCUGUCUCUGUUAAAUCUAAUAUCAUUAUGCUUUCCAACAUCCAACAAAAAGUGCUAAACUACAAAUUUGGCACACAAAUGAUAUCUGAAUCUGAAUUGCAAAAUUAGGUUGUCCGGAGUUUAUCAGUGCCACAGUUGAACAAUUAUGUAAAUUUAAUACCUUCCUUGUAUUGCAGUAAUUAAACGUUUUUAUUAACCGCAUAACACAUUAUUUUGGAACAGUUCAAGUCUCACCACACAUAUCAUGUAAUGAUAAAAAAAUACAUUCUACUAUGACAUUAGAAA